AUGUCGGUUUUGUCGGUCUCUGUACCCAAGCGCAGUUCCGCCGGCGAGUGGGCUCUGCACCAGCCGGGGACAGAGGGAGUGCGCACGCGCGGCUCAGGGCGGCUGUGUGGGUCAGCGGCAGAAGCCUCUGAAGACAACUGGCUCCUGUCCCGAGAGUCUCACGCAGCGCCUAGGGGGCGCGCGGCCCAACGGCCCCUCAAGCUCAAGGUCCCGAGGCCUCCUGGGAAAGGUAGUUCACGGUCUCCAGCUCUGCCUUCUGAAGACUCUGCCCUUCCCCAGGAUAAGCACGUGGAGGAGGAGGAAGAGAAGGAGGAGGAAGAGAUGUCUCCUGAGCUCUUGAUAUCUGGUUACCAGGAAUCAGUGACAUUCAAGGAUGUGUCUGUGGACUUCACCCAGGGGGAGUGGAGCCACCUGGAUGCUGCUCAGAGGGCCCUGUACAGGGAAGUGAUGCUGGAGACCUUUGAGAACUUUGUCUCCCUGGGGCUUCCAGUUUUGAAACCAGAUGUGAUCUCCCGAUUGGAGAGAGGAGAAGCUCCAUGGAUGCUCGAGGGAGAGAUCCCAAGAGACCCUAACCCAGGUUCUUCUCAUGAGGAAAGAUGUGAAACCAAGACCAUCCUCAUGAGAACAUCAGCCAAGGAAAGACUGCAGAAGCAAGGAACUCAUACUAGAGAGAAAUCCAUUAGAUGUGACAAAGCCUUCAUCCAGAAUGUCCUUGUUAGGUAUGAUGAGAAAAUUCUUGCAGUGGAGGUGUAA